GCAAGUCGAGACGAAAAGUCAGAUAGUGCAUCAGUAUAAUUAGAUAAAUUUUAAUUAGUUACACUGUUUAUUUUAAAGAAAAGUUGAGUGGUUGUGCUGGAAUAUAAGAAGCUCUCCUUGAAUAUCUCCGAAAUAAAGAUGUCAUCGAAAAAGAAACCUGCCGCAAAGGGGCCAUUUUUCUUCUUCAUGUUGGAAUUCAGACGCCAAGAGGAAGCUCGUGGUAAAAAAUUUCAUGGUGGACUUGAGCAAGUACAGCGUGAAGCCGGUCCACACUGGAAUAAUCUGGAUGACGAAGCGCGCGAGAUAUACAAAACCCGCGCGCAAGAGUACAAGAAAGCGCCGAAACAAAAUUAUGGCGAAAAAUACACCGCCCAGGGAAUUGCCUUCAGUGUAGUAGAAAAGCAACAGCAGGAACGGAUGACGAACCAGGAAAACACAAGUAAAGCAAUAGUAGAACUCAUUGAGACGGCUUCGGACAAUAACGAGCUGGAAACCCUGGAAGUUGUCUUUAUUUCUUUCAAUCAUUUUUGCAAGAUUAACGAACUGACUUAUGUUCCAGCCGAGAUGGGAGCAGUGAGAUAUAAUCUUUCGAACGGGGUUGUCGCUCAACUUCACGAAUUCAUUAAUCCAGUUAAGCUUCCUCUCGGAUUAGCGUACGAAUCGAGUAUUAUAAGCGAAGAAUCUCACCAGCUUCCGAUUCCUCCGAAUGCAUUUGGUGAAUCAGACUUCAGCAUUAUACUAGAAAAGCUUGUUGCUUUCAUCGAUUAUGACAAAAAGCCAUUCAAACGGGGAUUUCCAUUAUUUGUCGAUGCGAAGGAGGUGAAAAUGGCUCAAAGCAUUUUGGAUCAAUUUUGCGAGGAUACCAAAAAGACCUACAAUUUUCUUAUUUGUCCAUUGAAUGAAUUUUUCUUCCGGCUUAAACGCGCUACUGAAAAGUACGGUAUGGAUAUUUGUGCCUUUCCAGCGAAGACUAUCGCUGAUAUACUAUUGAAAAAAGAUCCAUAUGAAUACACCAGUGGAAUCGCCUGCAAUUACCAUGAGGAUAAUGGUAUUUCCCGAUUCUGUGCUUUAUCACGCGUAAUACGUUGGUCCUUCAUGAUAUCGGAUAAUUGCUGUUUAGAUUUGGGUAUUGACCUCAUCCCUGGCCUACAUCUACCGCAAAAUGCGGAUACCACUCUCAGUGUGCAUCUGACUGAAACUGUUGCCUCCAAAUCGAUGUCAUUCGUGUCAGCAUCGGAUAUGACCCACGUUUCUAUGCCGCAACUCACCAAAAUACGUAAAAAGAGUCCUUUCCGUGGUGACGACAUCAAUGGUUCAGUUAUUUACAGUUCCCGUUCUGGAACGAGUCGCAAAGAGUCACAUAACAAACACGAGUCAAAGAGAGCUGACUCAACGAAUCCUUUCCACCAUCUCGAUGUAUCAGAAACUUCGGAUUGGUUCCCUUCUGAAAGUGUUAUAACGAAUAAAUCAGCGUACGCUGAAAGUAAUCCUUUCAGUAGACAGCUUGAGGUGGACGAGUUUUGCCAACAAAGGGAUUUAGGACUGGCUUGUCUUGGUCGGGGGUCGCUUAUAGCCACGACUUCAAAAGGCAAAGGCUCGAGAAACAGGUAUGGUGGAGAAUUUUCGGGAACAAAUCAUUCCUAUCAGGGUCGCGGAAUGUCAUUUAGCAGCCCACCACCUAGCGUUGAUUUAUCGUCACAAUAUAGUGAUGAAGAUUGAGUUGUACUUGGUAAUUUAUCGAACAUUUUUUACUAUCGUUAUGCUUUUUCCCUAAAUUUAUUGUUUCUACUUCCUAUUUAGAGCAAAUUUGUUACUAAACAUAUCGAAAAACAGAUUGAAAGAAUAGUAAGUGUUUGAUAGUAAACAGUAGCGAGCAUCAGUAACUUCAAAAGUAGAUGUUUCAAUGCUUCAUUUAUCAAUCUAUCGUUUUAAUAUUAGAGGCUUAAUUUCUACGAGAGAUAGACUUUAGUUUCAGUCAUUUAAACGAUCUUGAAAUCUCUAAUAAGAUGUGAACAUUUUGUUUUAAUUAAUUCCUAAUAAAUCCUGUUUAGAUAAACUUAGCUACUUUUGCUUUGACCAGUUGGUUGGGCAACUAAUUGUUACGUUUUGUUAUAUUUCAAAUUACUUAGAUAUCAUCUAGCUGAAAUACAAGGCGGUUAUAGUCUAUGAAACUUCAAAACUCUGUUUAAACUUAUCAAUAUAUAUGUUGUUUUGAAAGAAAAAAAUGCAAUAAAGUCAGUUUAUCU